UUCGGGGUUUUUAAAGUUUAAUGUUAAACAAUAUGUUCUUUUUUCCUUAAUUAUAUUGUUAGUUUUUGACUCUGGUUCUAAAAAAAAUCAAUUCUUUGAAACAAAGCCAUGAUCUCUGUUAAGUUUUGUUGAUAAAGUUCGCUAUGGAUGGAAAUGAAAAGGAAUUAAAGAAUUUCAUUUUGCACGAACGAUGUUUUCUUGGUGUCUCCGGUGCUGUUCUUUUACUCGCAAUUAUAUUUGUUGCUGUUAUUGAUGUACUCAGCGGUGUUGCAAUUUGCUCCUGUUAUUUUGGUGGAUGUUUCGCAACCUAUUUUUUGCUUCGGAAAGGAACUCCGCUUCCAAAUUUCAUAAUGACUUUUAAGCGACCAAAGAAGGAAAAUGUUGGAUCUAAAUUACGUACUGUGUGCUCUCGGUGUGGUGUUAUCGAUUGUUGCCGGCAUCGUCCAGAGCUAAAUGUCUAUACAGCUAAACCCUGGAUGAAUCUUAAAGUGCCAAAAGAAGUUGAUCAAGCCUUGGAAGAACUAUUAAAUUUGGUGAUGGAUAGACAUAUUUAUUCCUGGUAUAGUGAAUUAAGUAAAGAUGAAGAUUUUGUUCAAGAAAUCAGAACUUCUCUAAGGUUCCUUUUUUCUAGUCUUCUAAGAAGAGCAUUACAGGUUGACAUUGUGAAACUAAUUACUGAAAAAGCCAUUAAUGCUCUAAUUAAGCAUCUGGACUGCUAUCUUCAAGCUCAGAAACUAGGAAAAUCAACUAAUAUGGAAGAAACAGUUCUUUGCUAUUUGGGUGAAAAAUUGCACCCAGCAAUGCAAAGUAGGCAGGCAGAGCUUAGCUACUUGAGGCAUCUUACUUCUAAUGUUCUUCCCUUCAUCGUGCAGCAAAAAUAUUUGCGUUGCAGAACUGCUAGCUCUUUAGUGCGAGAAAUAUUUUGCAAUAGUGUAUUUCUACCUUUAAUGGAUAUAAUUGGAGACCCGGAUAUCAUCAAUCUGCUACUUAUUUUGUUUUUUGAUAAAACUCCUAUGGCUGAUUUGCCUGAUAGCGAUGAACCAAGUGUGGAGUUCUUGUCUAAUUUUGUUUCUUCUCACUCUACUAAUAAGAGACCGGUUCUAUAUACUGAAUUUCAAACGAUUCUAGAAGAUCAAAGACUGUUAUAUGUUUUUAUGCAGUUUCUAAAAGAGGAAUCUGCUCUCAAUGUUCUCCAGUUUCAUUUAAGUGUUGAUGAAUUUAAUUCAAGAAUAUUGAAUCCAGAUUUGACCAAAGAAGAAUUGGAAGCAUUACAUUUACAAGCUCAACAAAUGUAUAAUACUUAUUUUGCAUCACAUGCUUUAGAUAGAAUAAAUUUUGAUGAUGACAUUGUGCAAGAAAUCAAAAACAUUAUUGCAGGACCUCCAGAGAAUGUAGUUAAAUUGCGGACAACUACUCCUUUAUAUCGUGCUUAUGAUCAUGUUUACAAGUUAUUGGAAAAUACAUAUUGCCCUAUGUUUCUUCAAAGUGAAAGAUAUUUCAGCCUGUUGUGUGGAGAAAGAUAUAACAGUUCUAACUCCAAGGGUGCUGGAAAGGGCAGCAAGAAGGGAAAUUCUGGUCCCUCAACAAUAUCAAAAUUAGGGAAUAAAUUAAAAGGAGUCUUUACCACUCAUGUUGAUGAUGGGCAAGUUUAUGAAGAAGAAGAAGGUAUUGACCUUGCUGAAGCCCAAUUUGCAGAUGCAGCAUCUUCUUUUGAAGGGGAAGGAGAUGUAUAUACAAUGGAAGAUGACCCUAGACUAAAAAAAUUAAGUGCUUGGAGAGUAUUUAUUCCUCAAGUUAUGAUGAGAAUGGAUCAAAAUUGUAAAUAUUAUCAUACAUUUCGAAUAGAAGUACAAAGGAUCGAUGUCAGAGAUGAAGAUGACCCUGAUGAUUUACACUGGACAGUGGAAAGGCGGUACAACGAGUUUUAUGUUUUGGAGGCAAAGCUGACAGAAUUUCAUGGUGAGCUGUCUGUGCAGCUUCCUCCCAAACGUUCACAGCAACACAAAGGUCUCACUUUCCUGGAGAGCAAACGACCUGAAUUUGAACACUAUUUACAAACUCUUCUAACUCUUCCUGCACUUCAAGGAAGUGAACUGCUUUUUCAGUUUUUGAAAUCUCCCAUCCCAUUCACUUCAAGCUUUUUACCUGACAUAAAACUUGGAAAAAUGAUUAAAACAGUUCCUAUGAAAUUAAUAAAAGAAAAAGGUCAACAUCUGCUCCCUUUUCUUCAAGCUUUCAUUGCAUCAACUGAAGCUGCUAAACCAAAACCUAGUAAAGAAGUCUGGAAAGAUAUUUAUGAGCCCACAACAUUUGAAAUAGAAGAGAAGUUGAUCUCAGGACUAUUCAAAGAUAAUUUUUCAACUAUUCGUGAUAUAAAGCACUCCUACAGUGGUCCCACAAUUGUUUCUGUUAUAGAUUUGAAAGAGCUAUAUGAUUAUAUUGUAUAUAUUGCUGUUGAAGUUGUUUGUGUUCCUAGUUAUAUUGUACAGUUACUUGCAACCUGUGAUAUAUUGUUACGCCAGACUCUUCAGGCUGGAAUUGAAUGGUAUCUUGAUGAAAAAUUACAGCAGGCAUUUAAACCUCAAAGAUUAGCCGAACUUAUUAAUGCAUUAAAAGAUGCAUUAUUUUUUGAAGAUGAUCCUCCACGUACAAAAAGGCAAAAAUCUGAGCGUGCAAGGCAAGCUUUAAGACAAGCCAAAGAUUUUUUUCCUGGUAUUAUGAUGACAAAAAGUUUUGAUGAAAGUUUGAACUUGUUGUUUGAAAUUUUACAGUAUCCCUUACUUAAUAAGCAGAUUUCUUACGUGUUACUGGACAUUCUAGCUGUGGAACUCUUUCCCGAGCUCUCAGAAAUGCAGCGCACAGAUUCAACUGCAACAGACUCUUAAAUUAUUACUAUGUGCUAUAAAAACUUUUAGUAACAUUCCAAAGUAUUACUACUAGUCUUUUUUAUAAAUAAAAGAGUUGUAUAUUUAAAAUUAACUCAAAUGUACAAAAAUCAUAUUUAUUGCAA